CUACUGCUGUGUGGUAGCUGGCCACUACUGUUGCUUGGCACUUGUAUGCUGCUGCUAUUGGACCAGGCAAGGCAUCUCCAAGUCUCAGAAAUCUCAAGGUUUUGUAUUGCUUGGCUCUUCUUCUUAGAAAUGGAGGUUUCGCCUUGAUCUUUGUGGCUUAUCAGUUUAGCUAUCCUCUGUCUUCAGGUGCAGCAGCAUGGUUUUCCCCUGGUAGUUGUUUGAUAAUCUUCUGUUAUCUAUUGUGAUUCUAGCUUGCACUUGGCCUUGCGAGAUCUUUAAAACUACCGACUGGCUAGAAGACUGGUUUGUAAGGGAAUAUCCCAGUGUUUUGGGUGGACCUCUGGCACUGCGUUUUUCUGAUCCAUGGCGGCCAUACUUGAAACUUUGCUUAAAUCAAGUGUCAAUAAGUUGCAAGAUGUCAUCACGGAUGAGGCUGUACUAAUCCUAGGGGUGGAAGAAGAGCUCACAAAACUGCUGGGACGAGUGGAACUAAUUCAGUGUUGUAUAUACGAUGCGGAGAAAAGGAGGACAAAAGAGCGAGCAGUAAACAACUGGCUUGGUCAACUGAGAGAUGUUAUAUAUGAUGUUGAUGAAAUCCUGGAUGUGGCUAGAUGUAAAGGAAGCAAGCUACUUGCUGACCACCCUUCACCAUCAUCAGGCAAAUCAGUUGCAUGUAAAGGCCUUUCAGUCUCCUCUUGUUUUUGCAACAUAGUGCCACGCCGUGAUGUUGCUGUUCGGAUUAGAAGCCUGAACAAAAAAAUUGAGAACAUUGUAAAUGACAAGAUAUUUUCGACUUUCAACAGUAGUACACAACCUACUCGAAAUGGUCCGACAUCCAAACUGAUAAGACGUUCCACUCUUGUUGAGCCCAACCUUGUGGGGAAGGAGAUCAUACAUUCUAGCAGGAAGUUGGUGGACUUAGUGGUUGCACACAAGGAAUACAAGUCUUACAAGCUUGGUAUCGUUGGAACUGGAGGAGUUGGUAAGACAACACUAGCUCAAAAAAUAUACAAUGAUCAGAAAAUAAAAGGAAGCUUCAAGAUACAUGCAUGGAUUUGUGUUUCACAAGACUACAAUGAAGAAACUCUUCUUAAGGAGGUUCUUCGGAAUAUUGGUGUGCAUCAUGAGCAAGGUGAAACCAUAGCAGAGCUCCAGAGGAAGCUUGCAAAAACAAUUGAAGGGAAGAGUUUCUUUCUGGUUCUAGAUGAUGUAUGGCAUUCCAGUGUAUGGACGGAUCUAUUAAGACCUGCAUUACAUGAAACAUCAUCUGGAGUAAUAUUGGUAACCACACGAGAUGAUCAAAUUACAAGCAGAAUAGGUGUACGGUAUACCCAUCGAGUUGAUCUCAUGUCAGUAGAGGUGGGAUGGGAGCUUCUUUGGAGGAGUAUGAACAUUGAGCAAGAGAAAGAAAUACAUAAUUUAAGAAACACAGGGAUUGAGAUUGUUCGUAAAUGUGGCCACCUCCCUCUUGCAAUCAAGGUUACCGCUGGUGCUUUGGCAAGUGGAGAUCUAACGGAGAAUGAGUGGAAAAAGUAUUUGGGCAAAUAUGUUGGUUCCCACAACAUGCUCUCUGAUGAAAUAGAAGGAGCUAUGUAUCUGAGCUAUGAUGAGUUGCUGCAUCGUCUGAAACAGUGUUUCCUUUAUUGUGCUUUGUAUACUAAAGAUUCUAUCAUUCGGCAUGAUGAAGUUACCUGGUUAUGGAUUGCUGAAGGCUUCAUCGAGGAGCAGCAAGGCCAACUACUAGAAGAUAUAGCAGAAGAGUACUACUCAGCGUUUUGAUUUUCGUUUUGUGAUUUUUCUCGCCCUAGGCCGAGAUGGCCGAAUUUCGGUCGUUUUUAAAAAUUUCGGCCGAAAUUUGACCAAAUUUUGACUGAAAUUUGAUUAAAAUUUGACCAAAAUUUCUCAAAUUUGACCAAUUUCGGCGGAAGAUAGAUUUCGCCCUAGGCCGAGAUGGCCUAAAUUCGGCCGAAAUCCAUUUUUUACGGCCGAAAUUCAAAACCCUAGUACUACUACGAGCUAAUACAUCGGAAUCUCCUCCAGCCAAAUAGGAUAAAUUUUGACUAGGCUGAAUGCAAAAUGCAUGACCUCUUAAGACAACUUGCUUUAAAUAUAUCAAGAGAAGAAUGUUUUGUUGGAGAUGUUGAAUCAUUAAGGGGUGAAAAUAUGUCAAAACUGCGACGUGUUACUGUUGUCGCGGCUAAGAAGGAUAUAUUAGUGUUGCCUAGCAAGGAUAAGGUGGAAGUUAAGGUGAGGACUUUCCUAACUGUUCGUGGUCCACAGAGAAUUGAGGAUACAUUGUUCAAGAGAUUUCUUCUUCUUCGUGUUUUGGUACUGAAUUACACACUUGUGCAAAGCAUUCCAGACUAUAUAGGAAAAUUGAUACAUCUACGUCUACUUAAUCUGGAUUAUACUGGCAUAUCUUGUCUUCCGGAAUCCAUUGGCUCCCUAAAGAACCUUCAAGUACUGAGCUUGAGAUGGUGUGAUGAUCUGCACAGUCUUCCUUUAGCAAUGACCCUCUUGUGCAGUUUAAGAUGUCUUGAUCUUUUUGGCACAGAAAUAAAUUAGGUUCCAAAAGGCAUAGGGAAAUUGAAGUUCCUUACUUGUUUGAGAGAUUAUCCUGUUGGUGAUGGAAGUGAUAAUGCCGUUGUACAAGAUGGAUGGAAGUUGGAAGAGUUGUCUUCUUUGUCGCAGAUGAGGUAUCUUUCUCUUGUUAAAUUGGAAAGAGCAACUUACUGCAGUACAAAUACAGUGCUUACAGACAAAAAACAUCUAAAAAAACUGACACUAUAGUGGACUGAACGUGGAGAGGGGUCAUAUUCAGAAGAAGAUGUUAGUAAUACUGAGAAGGUCUUUGAGCAGCUAAUACCUCCGCACAACCUAGAAGGCUUAUCUAUUGUUAAUUUCUUUGGUCAGCGGUAUCCCACCUGGUUUCGUACCACUUUUUUGUCUUCCUUAAUAUACUUGAAACUCAUAGAUGUACGAUCAUGUGUGCAUCUUCCACCAAUCUGGCAGCUACCAAACUUGAAAUAUCUGAGAAUUAAAGGAGCACAUGCAGUUGCCAAGGUUGGACCUGAAUUUGUUGGCUGCAAGAAGGGUGAUCAUGUAUGUAAUGAGUUUGUUGCUUUCCCAAAACUUGAAUGGUUGAUCUUCGCAGAUAUGCCCAACUGGGAGGAGUGGUCUUUUUUUGAGGAAGAAGUUGUUGCUGAUGUAAGCGGAGUGGAUGGAGCUGCUGAGAUCCGAAAAGAGGAUGCCCAACCUGCAAGGGUGCGACUGCUGCCUCGUUUGUUGGAAUUGCAACUUCAUGGUUGCCCGAAGCUGAGGGAUCUCCCGCAACAGCUUGGAAAGGGCACCACCUGUUUGAAGGAGCUCACCUUAAUAGGACUAAACAGCUUGAAGGCCGUGGAGGACCGCCCAGUGCUCUCUGAGGUCCUUGUUAUUGAGGAUUGUGAAGGCCUAGAGAAGGUCUCCAACCUCCCUGAAGUGGCAGAGCUGCAUGUGGGUGGUUGUCCAAACUUAAGCCAUGUAGAGAGAUUGGACAGUUUGCAGCGGCUGGGGCUGGGCGAGGAUAUGCAAGAGAUCUCUUCACUUUGGGUGCCUGGGCUUCAAGAGCAGCACCAACGACUUCAUGGCGAAGAUCUGGAUAUCUACACGCUGUUUAGGUAGUAGAUGGCUGGUAAGGUAUAUCUGAACACUGUCCACUGGUUGGAUAUUUAGUAUUGUCUCGGAUUGUGUCAACCAUGGUCCAUAUUCUCACAAGACAAUUUUCUGACUCAUUCGAUUCAUGCAUUGAAACGCCAUAUGGUUACUUAGAUUAUCAAAAUCGUCCUUUUAGAGUUCAAGAAUAUUGGCAUCUAUACCUAAUUUCUCAGCAUGUGUUUUUCCAUAAACCAAACUGUGUUUCCUAAUUCAUAUUAUAUACUCGGCAAAAUGGUGUCAGCCUAGGACUGGUGGCACGGAUCUUUUCGGCUGGCAAAGCACGAGUCAUACUAAGCUGAGGAGGCCUGUCCAUGCUGAAGAUGUGCAAGUGUGCCAUGGUCUGUAGCGAGCUGGUGAAGGAAGUGUUCUGUUUUUCUUUGGGCAGGUGCCUGGAAUUAAUGUAUCGAGUUUCGUCUUAUUUCUUUCUGAACUUUCCCAGAGACUUUCAUUGUACUGAAUCUGCGUGGCAUGGUUUGUUCUUCGGAUGUAAUCAACACAGUUCGUUUAUCUCCUUCUGAACUUGGGGCCGGAGGCCCUUUAAUGUAGUGAACCUGCGUGGCACGGUUUCGUUGUUUGAAUGGAAGUGAUGAAUUUCGUUUUGGCACGAUUU